AUGUCUACGGACGGCAGAAGCAUGGCUCAGGACACCGCCGCCGGUGUUGGUCCUGAUCCUGUUCCAGCUCCUGGCAAUGCCGCUACCGCCGGUGCUACUACCACCUCAAGUCCUGGUCCCAAUCUUGAUAUCGCCACGCCCGGUACCGCAGCUGUUGCAGCUGCUUCUACGUCUGCUUCUGCUCCUGCUUCUGCGCCUGCAGCUGCCACGGCUGCUCUGGCAAGUUCCAGCGCCGUUCACAACCCUCCGUCAAAGUCAAUAUCUCUCUCCCGGUCCCCUUCAACACCUCCGAUCUCGACUACACCCACGACGACGACUGCAGGUCCGGCCCCGGCCUCGACUAUCGACUCAGAACCUGCCGCACCGGCUUCGUCAUCGCCAUCUGAGUCGCCUGCCACUGUCGCCGCCGCCGCCGCCGCCGCUCCUACUCCUGCUUCUGCCUCAGAAUCUCAGCAGAACGGACUCAACAAGUCGUCCGAGGUCGACUCCGAUAUGAACGGCUAUAGGCCUGUUCUUACAGCCCACAAUGGGCUUCCUGCGAGCUAUUCAGCCACAACAAACACGCCCUCGACCUCUUCGCACCUGGCCGCCGCUAGCUAUGCCUCACCGACUGCUGUCUCGACUACGCAAUACUCACCCUACCCUACGAGUACCGUAGUACCGCAUUCGACCGAGGGCUACAGAGUCAGCCCAGUCCCGAGUGGCAACACCAUGUCUCUUCCGAGUAUGCGAACGAUGGACUCACUACCUCAGGAAAGAGCCAGUCAAUCGGAAAUGCCACAUCAUGCCAUGCCAAUAAGCAUGAAUGCUCCUCUACCCUCUGCAUCUACUGGCCCAGCAAUCUAUUCCUCUCACCAUGCGAUGCCCGUGCCCUCAAAUUACGGGCUGCCUUCUGAUUCUCUACAUCGGUAUUCCCUACCUCACGACCCUAGGAUCCUCGGCAGUAGAGGCUCAAAGAAGAAGUCGAAACGAGAGUGCUUAGGCUACGACCCCAUAUUUCGACAGCAACCUGGCGUGCAGCCCAACUCUCACAUCCAACCAGCCUUAGCAAGUCAGCCAGCGGCAUCGUCAUCUGUUGCUUCCUCGGUGUCGGCCCAUUCGAGUUCUGGAAUUGGCCACCCGUCUGCGCCUACCAACCCGUAUGGUAGUCAGCCGUCGAUGCUUCCAAGCUCUUAUUCAACUGCAUCCCCACCGUCUACUCUUCCUUCCUCCUCAGCGGCACACGCCGUCUCAUCCAGCUAUACCUCGCCAGUUUCCGCCAGCGGCACGACAACUAUCAAGCGGGAGCCGCCUAGCAAGCAGGAGCCUUUUGAUUUCGCAACCCCGAUUGAUCCAGCUAGUAGACACUUGCCACCACCGACUGGCCCCGAUAUCAAGCCGUACGACUACAAGACACCGACGGCCGUUGAGAGCAGCCAUCACGCGACACCCAAGAAGAUGAAGAUCAACGAAAUUAUCGAUUUGCUCGGUGCGCCGCCUCCUCAUCAACAGAUAAAGCAUACCGAGGAAACCUUUAACGAAAUCACCAAAGUAUACCAUGAGAUGUAUGCUGGUGGAUUAAGUGCUUUUUUUGAAACAACAUGGUAUUACUUUGUCGAUAAUGGCAAGAUGUCAUUUCCCAGGGACGCCAAUCUCAUCGAGCAUAUGGCGACAUUUUUAAAAAUUUUGGAAGCUGUCAGAGCGAAUGACCAUUCUCAAAUGGCUUAUUCUGGAGUAUUGGAGACGAGGAUAGUGUGGGAGCUUGCUUGCACUGCGUAUCGGACACCUGAGGGAACAAAUCGGACUUGCCGCGCUACCAUGCCACCAGAGGGCGAUGCCACUGAAGCAAGAAAUCGCCUGCGCGUUGUUGAAGCCUUGCUUUGUGGUGAAUAUCUGGUCACAAAUCCUCUCGCGCCACCACUGCAAGAUCCGGAACCCCAUCGUACUCGCCAGUUCGACUUUUGGUAUAGCUUAGCGGAGUUUGUACGGAAGCGUGACUUGCCCGACUCCCAUCAGGCUCUCAAGGCUAGGGAGGAUGCGCUGAGUAGAAUGAGGCACUUGCUAGAUUCGCGAGAAAACCGUGACGUUCUUUAUUCCAUAGCCGUCGUUCGCGAACUCGCACCGUAUUACGGUCCGAGCUACGGAAGCACUCCCCAGUACGCAGAUGAGACUGACCCCAAGAAUCGACUUGCUGUCGCGUCGAAAUUCAUACUAGACGAAGCACAGGUCACUGGUGGCACUACUAAUGUGGUGCGGCGAUUCAGCGACAUUGCGUCUCGAGCCUUCGUUAACCCCGGGGUCAACGUGGCGCGAAGAAACCCCUAA